UAAAAGCUAACGCCAUUGACUGAUUGACGUCAGUUUUGGUCAUUUUCGUACGAGUCUUUCUGUCGGAUAAGCGUAUAAGUUGAACCGCACGCGUAAGGCUGACUCUUAAAAUUGCUGCAAUAAUUGCUGACACUACGAAUAAAAAUGCCUUACUAUGGAGUGGCUAAUGGUCGUUCAACUGGUGUUUAUGAUAAUUGGGAAGACUGCAAAGAUCAAGUUCAUGGAUAUUCUCAUAACAAAUAUAAAAAGUUUGAUACACCAGAUCAAGCUUGGGACUUUGUUGACCAACAUUCAAACGAUGCUGGAAAGUCAUUUGAUACCAACAGUAAAGCUGUGGCCUGUCGAAAUAACAAUCAAGUUGCAUUGAGAGGUCACAAUGAAGUCAAACAUUUUCAACGUACUGAUUACUUGGAAGGAAAAAAUGGUUAUGUCGUACGUGAACGUUCUUACAGGAGUGGCAGAGACGGAAGAGGACGUUUUGUCGAAAAAUAUACACGUACUUACUGGGAAGACGAUUAAAGAGUUACCAUUAUGAGACUAUUCAGAGAACCUUCUUUUUUUUUUUUUUUAAGUUUGUAAUAUUAUCUAGA